AAAGAGGAUCUCUCUCAUUCCCCCGUCUCACAAUUUUUCCACUUUCUUCACUAUACCUCCGCCCCACCCCACAGCCACGAUGCCCGCACUACUACACAGAUUGGCGUCUCAGUAACUUCCCAAUCCCAUCUCCCCUCCGAUAUUAAAGUUAAAGGGGGCAAAAUGUUCGGUAUUUCGUACGGAGAGCUCUUCCUCUUGAUCGGUGCCACAGCUGCUCUAGUCGGACCAAAGGAUUUGCCUAGAAUUGCCAGAGCAGCAGGGAGGUUAGCGGGUCGGUCCAUCGGGUAUGUUCAGUUGGCUCGAGGCCAAUUCGAUAAUGUUAUGCAGCAGUCUCAAGCUCGCCAGGUUCAUAAAGAGCUUCAAGAUGCAUUGGCUCAGCUAGAGUCGAUUCGUUAUGAAGUCCGAAGCAUAUCACUUAUGAACCCGGGUCCUAUGACUCGAAAGCUGAUUGAUAAUAUUCAAGACCCGGCUCCUUUGAGCAGUGGAACCAACAUUUCACUUGAGAAGUCCAAGGAGGAGCAGAAAUCAAUAAAUAGUGUAAUGAAGGAUAGUACUUUGAGAACCUCCGACGCACCUAAUUUUCAUAGUCAAGCAACUGCAUAUGCAAAAUUGGCUGAAUCUGAUACUGUGAAGACUGGCACUUUAAAAAGCAGUGCAGAGAAAGAUGACCUUUAUGAUGAGAGUGGUCUUUUCAUUGUUCUCCCAAUUUCAGCUGAAAGCACUGGGAUGCUACCAAAUCGCAAGGAGAAUGUUAAAGGAUCGGACCUUGUGUUGGAAGCAGUAGUUGAAGCAGAGGUAGCACGUAAUGCCAAAGAUUUCUUUUCACAACCUGAAAAUCAAAUACAGGGAACUGAAAAGUGACUGAAAAGGUAGGUUUCCUCGAACAAGCAGCUAGUGAAACAUUUUAAAAAGGAAGUAUCAGCUGGAUGCAGAAUUGCAUACCCUUUACCCUCUAGGGGGAAGUUUUAAAAGUUCAGCAGGUGUUUAAUACAGAAAUGGAAAUUAAGAAUCGCCCAAAAGAGACCUUGCUCAAUUUCAAGCGGAUGAAUUAUGCCAAAAACUUCGGGCUGGCCAACAUGUCUAUUUUCCAUUAUCUGUCCCACCCAUCCACGAAAUUCUAAAACUUGAAAACUUGGUGGAGCAGCUUGGACUUCUAUGGAUUAGCAGGUGGGAAAAUAGCCAUGUCAGUCAACCUGAAGUUUUUGACGUACUUCAUACCUUAAGAUUGGGCAGGAUUUGAUUCGAGUUUCAGAUCUUCACUUUCCAUUUCCUUCUAGUUAUGGGUUCAUAAAUAUUAGAAGUAAUCUUAUGUUCUAGCAGGAAGUGUAAAAACAUCCAAUAGCUGCAAACAGAUGUCCUUGGAAUUUGGUUGGAACAUGUAUUACAUGGAUGGUAUUCCAAUGGAUUUGAAAGACAAACGGAGGAAUAUGACCAAAAAGGGGCGUCAACUAACUAAAUCACUUCUAACUCAGAGAUACAUUGCACCUUUAGUUAGUUGAUGCCUCUUUUUUGGGUCAUAUUCUGCCGCUUGUCUUUUAAAUCCAUUGGAAUACAACCUGACCAGAUUGCAAUCUUUUCAGCGGGGACUUUUUCGGUAGUGACUGGAUUAAGAUAACUAAGUUAGAUUCCGAUGAUUUGGUCAAUCAAAACCUUACAUCUGUUUUUUUUUUUUCUUCAGAUAGGCAUCUAAACGUAUGAAUGAAGAGAUUGACAAGGCCAAUGACAAAUAUAUUACAAGCAGGCAUCUAAAGCCAUACCUCUAGCCCAGAGGUUUUUCAAUGUAUCGGGAAUACGAUUUGAUACACCAAGUGUAAUAUUACACUUGGCUGAAAACUUGGAAGGAAAAAAAAUUCAACUAAUUGUAUUAUGAUACUGGUAUACCAGGUUGUCUUCCCGAGACUAAUAAUUU